CCUUGUUUCUGCUGCGUACAGUGUCCUUCCAUCAACAUUUCUUCUCCUUAAGAGAGAAAACAAAGAAAUAAUUAAGGCUAAUUUAGGGCUAUUGAAGGUACUGGUCUCAAAGUCGCCGGCUGAGGGACUACAAGCACAUUUAAGGAGCAUGGUAGAGGCCCUUCUUGGUUGGGAAAAUAAUACCAAGAAGCAUUUCAAAGCCAAGGUUAAGCUGCUUAUUGAAAUGCUUAUCAAGAAGUGUGGUCUGGAUGCUGUAAAAGAGGUGAUGCCUGAAGACCACAUGAAACUCCUUACUAAUAUAAGAAAGAUCAAGGAGCGAAGUGAUAGGAAACUCGCGUCGAAUUCUGAGGAAAGCAGAUCUCAUAUGUCAAAAGCAACAACAUCAAGGCUAAGCAGAUGGAAUCAUACAAAAAUCUUUUCUGAGUACGAUGACGGAGAAUCUGAGAAUAGUGAUGCAGAAUAUAUGGAUGCUGGUCGUAGGAGCAAGGCUACAUUAGUAUCAGACUCCAAAGCAUCUUUAUUACGGUCCAAGAAAACACGGAAAGCAGCCAAGAGUUUGCAGGAAGAUCUGUAUGAUCAAUUAGACGACGAGCCACUUGACUUACUUGACCAGAAGAAGACCAGGUCAGCUCUUAGAGGAUCUGGCAAUCUCAAGCGGAAGUCUGAGUCAGAAGAUGAAGCAGAAAUAGACUCUGAAGGCCGUUUGAUUAUUCAAGAGGGAGAUAAGAAGCAAAAACGAGUCAAGCCACCUACUAAUGAUUUUGAUGUAAGAAGCGAAGCAGGAAGUCGCUUUUCUGAGAGCUCAAGGAAAACUCAGAAACGGAGGAAAACGUCUGAUUCAGGAUGGGCCUACACUGGAACAGAAUAUGCAAGCAAGAAGGCAGGUGGUGAUGUCAAGAGGAAAGACAAACUUGAGCCAUAUGCCUACUGGCCCCUUGACCGCAAGAUGAUGAGCCGUAGGCCUGAACAUCGAGCAGCAGCACGAAAAGGAAUGGCAAGCAUUGUGAAGCUAACAAAGAAUCUUGAAGGCAAGAGUGCAUCGUCCAUACUGUCCGCAAAGAGAGUCAAAACUAAAAAGAAAGCCAGCUCCAAAAAGACUAAGGUGUGAAAUCUGCUUUGUUGAUGCUAGGUCAAAAUGGAGACCUCAGCCCAGAGGCUCGCUAGUUUGUGCCAUAGUUUGCACUUGGGGCUUCUAGCAAUCUGGCGCCCCAUGUACUUUUUUGAUGUCAUCUUGUCAUUUAAUUCGUCCAUGUAUAAUUGUAUAUCACAUGUUGAAGUGAUUUGUUUUUUGGAUAGGAAUGUCUAGGAAAAGGAGGUAGGAAGGAAAUCGAGUAUUCGUAGUUGCCAUAGGAAAAUUAGCGAAUGCGUCAAAUGCUAGCUAUUUAAGUUGGUUAUUUGUAAUAUUCUUACCAAAGUGCAACAUGUUGGUGCAUGAAAGUAAUCUGAGUCACCUGCGAUUUGCUAAAUUUCUCGAAAUCA